AUGAAGCUCAUCAAAAUCAGCUCCAAAAGUCUCAGCCCGAAACAGCUCUUCCGUUCCAAGAAGGACCGAUCCGCGGUGUCCCGCCGCUCCUCCGACCCACCAUCGUUCGGGUCCGGAACGGCGUCGUCGUCGUCUUCGUCGUCCUCGUCCUCGGACUCCCUCCACAAGCCCGGAACCGGAGCCGAAGCCGGUGGUAUCCGGACGCCGACGAGCGUUUUGCCCGAAAGAUCGGGCGACUGGUCCGAUUUCUCGACCGAUCUGCAGCUCGACAUGGCUCAGGCGUUUAAGCUCAUAGACCGAGACAACGACGGAGUGGUCUCGAGAAAAGAGCUGGAGGCUCUGCUAAGCCGGCUUGGAGCCGACCCGCCGAGCCAAGAAGAGGUGAUGUUGAUGCUGAGCGAGGUGGACCGAGAAGGCAACGGUUCGAUAACCCUCGAGGCACUGUUGAACCGGGUCGGCCCAGUUUGCGGUCCGGCCGCGGACUCGGAGCUACGCGAUGCUUUCGAGGUCUUUGACUCGGAUCACGACGGCAAAAUAUCGGCCGAGGAGCUUUUCAACGUUUUUACGGCGAUAGGGGAUGACCGGUGCACCUUAGAGGACUGCCGGCGCAUGAUAGCGGUGGUAGAUAAGAACGGGGACGGGUUCGUGUGCUUCGAGGACUUUGCUCGUAUGAUGGAACUGCAGAGAUGA